AUGCACUUUUCGUUACACUUGCCGUUACCCCUACAACAAUCUACACUUGCCGUUACCCCUACCACAAUCUACACUUGCCGUUACCACUACAAUAAUCUACACUUACAGUUACCCCUACCACAAUCUACACUUACAGUUACCCCGACCACAAUCUACCCUUGCCGUUACCCCUACCACAAUCUACACUUACAGUUACCCCUACAACAAUCUACACUUGCCGUUACUCCUACCACAAUAUAUACUCGCAGUUAUCCCUACCACAGUCUACACUUGCCGUUACCCUUACCACAAUCUAUACUUACAGAUACCCCUACCACAGUCUACACUUGCCGUUACUCUUACCACAAUCUAUACUUACAGAUACCCCUACAACACUCUACACUUGCCGUUACUCUUACCACAAUCUAUACUUACAGAUACCCCUACAACACUCUACACUUGCCGUUACUCUUACCACAAUCUAUACUUACAGAUACCCCUACAACACUCUACACUUGCCGUUACUCUUACCACAAUCUAUACUUACAGAUACCCCUACAACACUCUACACUUGCCGUUACUCUUACCACAAUCUACACUUACAGUUACCCCUACAACACUCUACACUUGCCGUUACUCUUACCACAAUCUACACUUGCCGUUACUCCUACCACAAUCUACACUUACAGUUACCCCGACCACAAUCUACACUUGCCGUUACCCCUACCUACGGGGAUUUUUUGGCCGAGCCUACGGGCUUGGGAACCCCACAUUAAAUUCGGCCUUGUGCCACAUGUGACUGCAUGGGGCAGUUGCUAA